CCACUGGUAACAGUAACAUAUUAAGUUCAGAUUUGAAUUACAGCGACAGAGAAUUAGUGAUUAUGACAAACAAACCGAGCUACAGUCACCUGACAAAGGGUCUUCAAAGCGUUCCAAUGGUUUUACUUCGUAAACGCAUUAGCAAUGUCAAGCCUCGUAUUACUGAAGAAAAAGAAAGUUCAAAACGAAUUCGGGUUCUCCUAAACGACCAGCCCCAUUUAAACGCUAUUACUUUAGUUGUCCAGCCGAAUGCGACCUGGCGUUCAUUGAUGGCAGAAGUAACGAGUAAAUUCUCCAUGGCAGUACAACUUCGUAGGUUAUAUACUUUGGAUGGUAUGAACAUCACUGCAUUCAAACAAAUAACAACGGGUGAAACUUACGUCGCGUCUGUGGGAGCUUUUAAACCAGACAGCCGACUCUCCCCGACAGGAAAACCGGUUUGGAAAAACCAGCAGAAUUCUAAAGGGAGACGAUCGAGUGAUAUUUCUCUCUUAUUAAAACAGAGCACAGAGGGUUCGUACAGUUUGGACAAGCCGUUGACAUUUUACGAUGACAAGGUUGAUAUCAUUAAAUCGUCACCUGCUGGAACAAAACCAGGUGAUAUCGACACCGCCAGUGCAGCAGACAUUUCGCAAAGCGGCGACUUAUCUGCGAAUAACCCCACGGAUUCUGACCUUGAUUUUAAACAUAUGCCAAUAACAGACACGGCUAAUUUAUCAUUGCAUAACGCAGUACACGAAAGAGAUGAUACGUUUCGAAAUAUUUCUUUUCCGUCCAAUGAAAGUUUACCUACCCCACCAACACCAGAGCUGCUACCACAAAAACGAUCUGCUCUAAUCGUUCUCGGAGGUGACAAGGUUAAAGUCCAAAUUUGCUCCGAUUCAAAUAUUUCAACCAUACUUCAAGAAAUCUGUUCAUCUCUUGGAUUACCUCAUGACCCGAGUUACAAUUUAUUCAGCGAGAACGGGGACCAAAUAAAAGGCACUCGCGAGCUUUUUACAACCUACGGAAAAUUUGAAACUUUUAUGGCCGAAAAAGUGGCGACGAAAUCACAACAGCGCAGUCAGCAACACCAGCAGACUCCAGCUGAUGUUAACGGAAUGAAAUUAGAAUGGAUUUUUGGGCAAGUGGUUACUUUUAUGGUAGUGGAUGGGGGAAGAUGGGACACCCUUUUAUUCCACUCUCUCGUCCCAUUUGGUAGUAAACGAAGAACAUUCAAAGAAUUAUAAAAUUGGCACGACUCUUUACACCGUAGAUAAAUGGUUAAAACACGGCCAGACAUGGUCUACUCAAUUGAGUAGGUCAAGGGUCAGGAUAAUUUAAUAUUAUGUGCCAAAAGUGUCCCGUCUGGCCUCACCCUGUAUCAUUUAUAUACCUUCUGAACUUUUUCUUCUAAAAUAAAUAUUUUAAAAGGGAUUUCGCACGUGAAACUUUUUCUUAAUCUGCCUUUGAACUCUCACCUAUAUUAAAUAGAUUAUGUUUUUGUGUUAAAUAGUUUUGCGUCUAACACAACUUCGUUCCAGGGGUCAACUGUCUCGAGAUGUGUUUGUAAAUACAAACGAAGAACUUAUGUUUACCAGUGGUAGCUUAGUCGUGUUGCUGAAUAUACAACGCCAAAGCCAGAGAUUUUACACCGGCCACAACGAAUCUAU